UUCUUGGUUUUUUUGUCCCCAGUGUCUUCAUCAUCAUGUCUGUCGGAAACGCUAAGAUCGGUCAACCUGCUCCUCAGUUCAAGGCCACGGCUGUGGUAGACGGACAGUUUAAAGACGUUCAGCUCUUGGACUACAGAGGGAAAUAUGUCGUGUUGUUCUUCUAUCCGCUUGAUUUCACCUUCGUGUGUCCCACUGAGAUCAUCGCGUUCAGCGAGCGGGCUGCCGAGUUUCGUAAAAUCGGCUGUGAGCUCAUCGCUGCCUCCACCGACUCUCACUUCAGCCAUCUGGCAUGGAUCAACACCCCCAGGAAGCAGGGUGGACUCGGCUCCAUGAACAUCCCUCUGGUGGCUGACCUGACCAAGUCCAUCUCCCAGGAUUACGGCGUUCUGAAAGAGGAGGAGGGCAUCGCCUACAGAGGUCUGUUUGUGAUUGACGAUAAGGGCAUCCUGAGGCAGAUCACCAUCAAUGACCUGCCGGUGGGGCGCUCGGUGGACGAGACACUGAGACUGGUGCAGGCCUUCCAGCACACUGACAAAUACGGAGAAGUUUGUCCUGCUGGAUGGAAACCAGGAAGUGACACUAUUGUUCCAGAUGUGCAGAAGAGCAAGGAGUUCUUCUCCAAGCAGUAACAGUCUCGCCGUGUUCCCCCAUUCAGUGGGGUGUUAGUGCACUUAAAUUUAGCCUGAGAUUUCUUAAAGUUCUCUUAGCCAACGUAACAAACUCUUCGGUGUUUAAAUGCACCUGAUAGACUGAUUUCGUUCUUUCCUCUGUCUAAAGACGCUGUUCCAGUCAGCGUCCCUCAUGCACUGAAAUGUCUUUAGUUUGUUUGCAGCUCUAGUUAAUCUGUAUUACAUAUUUAGUACUAAGUGAACAUUUGAUUCAUUUUGAAUUGUCACAAGUUGUUUAACAUUCUGGUUGUUCAUCAGUAUCUUUGUCAAAUAAACAGGCUGUUAUUGCGUAA